AUGACUGAGCCGCCUCACCCCUACAAUGCUUUAGAUGCUGCCAAGCUCCAGGAGGCAGCUGAUAGCUCUCUGCUUUCUUACGGCCCAUCUUUCCACAAUGAGAUAAUAGCCCGAGCUGAGGGUGUCUUUAUUUACACGGUCGCCGGCCGUCGCAUUCUGGACUGGACCUCGGGUCAAAUGUCGUGCCUGAUCGGGCACGGCAACCCAGAAGUGGUCAGCGUCAUUCACCAACAUGCCACUAGUCUCGACCACCUCUUCAGCGGCAUGCUCUCGCCACCCGUCAUCAACCUCGCCGCCGAGCUGAAGAAGCUGCUGCCGCCGGGGCUGGAGCGCAGCAUGUUCCUGUCGACGGGCGGAGAGAGCAACGAGGCCGCCAUCAGGAUGGCCAAGUGCGUCACGGGCAGGUGGGAGAUCGUCGGGCUCAGCGCGAGCUGGCACGGCAUGACGGGCGGCGCCGCCGGCGCGCAGUACCACUCGGGCCGACGGGGAAUCGGGCCCAUGAUCCCUGGCAACCUCAUGCUCCCCGCCCCCAACACCUACCGCUCCAUCUUCCGCCACGCCGACGGCACCUACGACUGGGAGACGGAGCUCGACCACGGCUGGGCCAUGGUGGACGCCGCGUCCUCGGGGUCCCUGGCCGCCGUCAUCCUCGAGCCCAUCCUCUCCAGCGCCGGCAUGCACGCCCUGCCCGACGGCUACCUCGCCGCCAUGAAGGCGCACUGCGAGCGCCGCGGCAUGCUGCUCAUCCUGGACGAGGCGCAGACCGCCAUCGGCCGCGCGGGCGACAUGUUUGCCUUUCAGCACCCGAGCAACGGCGGCGUGGUCCCCGACGUGCUGACGCUGAGCAAGACGCUGGGCAACGGGCUGCCGCUCAGCGCCGUCGUGACCAGCGAUGCCAUCGCCGCGCGCGCCAGGGGCGAGGGCUUCCUGUUCUUCACCACGCACGUCAACGACCCGCUGCCCGCUGCCGUCGGGCUCAAGGUCCUGCAGAUCGUGCAGCGGGACGGCCUGGUGCAGCGGUCGCGGCGGCUGGGCGAGAGGCUGCACGCCGGGCUCCGGAGGCUGCAGGAGCGGUACGCGUGUAUCGGCGACGUCCGCGGUAGGGGGCUCAUGGCGGGCGUGGAGAUCGUCUCGGACCGCGAGACCAAGGCGCCCGGCAUGGAACUGGCAGACAGGCUGGGCAAGAGGAUGAUGGAGCUGGGGGUUUCUGCCAACUUGGCUACUCUGGCGUCUUUUGGGGGCGCUUUUCGCAUCGCGCCGCCCAUUACCAUAUCCGAGGAGGAGCUGGAUCUAGGCUUGGGCUUUAUGGAGGAGACGUUGAGGUCUACGGAGGGGUCGAUGCCGACCGGUAGGUGAUCAAGGGGGAGAGUAGGAGCUGUGGAUAUAUGUGUUGGGAGAUGAGGGGGGAGUAUGCUAGUUUGUUGUGUCAGAGUAAUGAAUCACGAAAUGUAAACCA